AUGCUUCGAGGCAGGUCUGGUGGCGGCGACGGUAGUACGACGGCUAAUGGAACCACUUUUGGAACUUAUUUAACAGUUCCAGCCAGAUCACAGUUGAGGCGUUGCAGCUCACUGCAGUUGCCAUUGCACACCAACAAAGUAGCAAUGGCCGCAGAGACAUCGUACGAUUCGGCACGACUCUAUGCCUCCUACGAACUGGCGAAUGCCGCCGCGACGAUGCCUAAAGACGACAACAAUUACUCGUCGUCAACGUUGAGCAUCUGCGCGAGUUCGUUGAGUAUAGCCGUGAUCGGUCACGCCGAAAGUGCCAUCAAUCUGUACACGAUGAUGGCCAGAUACAGGCUCGUGUUGUUGUGGUAUGUGCCGUUUGAGGAUCGCAUCGCUCGUGGUCGCCUUCAUGUGCGUAUCGCUAUCAGUUAUUGUGUGAAUUUAGUUUUGGCCUUGUACUGGUACUACAAGGCGACACUAUCCGAAGAGCAACAACGCCUAUUGAGCGUACCAAUAAUUGUGGUGGCUCUCUAUCAAGUAAUCGCCAGUGCCUCCUUAUUAACGGGACUUUUGACGGAGUGGCAUUGGCUGCUCAUACCGUUCCAUAUCAGCUGCAUAGUCUGCAUGAUGAGUGCGAUGGGUAUCGGCAUGAUUUUGCUGGUGUCGGCAGAUCGCGCUCUGACGCAACUCUAUCCCGUAUUUGCAGCACUCUCGAUGGCGUUGGUGGCCGUUUACUUGUGGUUUUUGGUGAUCUCGUGUAUGAGUUUCGUGUUGCUAAGAGACAAGAAACGAGUUUUAACGUGUGAUUUAGCUUUUGUUGAAAACCACGCGAAUGCGGGUACAUUGGAGCGAGUGAACAGCUCACAUUUUUGA